CAGCAUUCAUAUCCCUCUCUCCUCCCUUCCAUUUCCAAUACCCAUCUCUCUUCUCAUUCACUUCAGUCAACUACUCUUCCCGCACACACAUUUUCGCACUUUUAUUAAUACAUUUUCCAUCCCUGCAGAAAAUGCGCAUUAUAUAGUGAUUUCGGUAGUUAUUACUUUUACAGAAAAGCUUUAUCCCAUAUCAGAAGUAACCGUCCGUCCCAUCAAUCUCCCGAAACCUAAGAAUCGCAGGAAUCCGCCAUUUCUUCUCCAAUGGAAGACGACCGGGUGGGCAACAACAACCGCAGGAGCGGCGGCGCGGUGAAGAAGGAGGAGGACGCCGGAGAUCCGGUCGUGUGCACGGGGAAGACCUGCUGCAAGUCGUGCACGGCGGGGGUAAUCGCCGACUGCGUCGCGGUCUGUUGUUGUCCGUGCGCCGUCGUGGACAUUUUGGUCCUGGCAUUGUUCAAGGUCCCGUGGACGCUGGGGCGGAAGUGCCUGGGAUUGGCGCGGCGGAAGAGGGGCGGCGGCGGCCGGAUAUGUAAUAAGGAGAGGGACUGCAGCUACCGAAGCGACGACGUCGUUUCGAGGAUGGGGAGCGGAGGAGGCGUUUGGGGUUCCGGAAUUGAAUCGGCGGGUUUUGGAAUUGAAGACCUAGAAUGGGUAAAAGGCAAUUUUAGCGCCAGGUUUAAUGCAGAUGAGGUUUGGUUAGAGUUAUCUCAAGUUGGUCAUUUGGGUUUUGGGAGGGUUUCUUUCACUGAAAUUCCUUCUCAGUGUAAAAACAAUUAGUAGAGGAAAAAAGGGGUCAAAAUGUGAUAUAGUACAAGUGACAUAUAAUGCAUUAAUGAUGUAUGUAGAGAUACACCUAAAUUGUCUUAGACUAGUGCUUUUCAAUCAAAUAUUUCUUGAUCGAUGGUUGAAUUUAAAUGUUGUGUGGGGAAAAUUAUAAGAUUCUUAGCAUGGGAUUGAAAAUUUCAUGAACUGUGUAAUCUCAGACAUUAAAAAGAGAUCUCAAGUUUUUUCAUUGACUUGUGAUCAGGCUGUUUAGUGAUUAAUA